AUGGGAGACUUGGGACCACCUACGAUGGCACACUCAUGGGAGCAGACUGCUGCAAGGGUACAAGCGGAAUUGAAGGCAAAGAUUCCCUCAGAAUGGCUGCUACCAGAGACUCUACUAUCGGCCAAGCCACGCAACGUAUUGCCGGUGUUCAGAAGCUGUGGUAUCUUGACUGAUCGGGAACUCGAGAUCACUGAAGCCAAAGACGCGACAUCAGUUCUAGAGCAGAUUCAUUCUCGCAAUUGGUCUGCCAAGGAGGUGACAGUAGCGUUUUGCAAGCGUGCUGCUAUCGCACAGCAACUUGUGAAUUGUUUGAUGGACAUCGAUUUCGAGGGCGCCAUGCGCAGAGCCAAAGAACUGGAUGAGCAUCUUGCUAAAAGCGGAAGUGUGGUUGGACCGUUACAUGGCCUGCCAGUCAGCCUAAAGGAUCUCACAGAUGUCAAAGGCAUGAGAAUAGCGCUCGGUAUGGUCGAUUUUGCCGACUCGAGUUCGUCAUCGGAUGCAGUCGCUGUUCAAAGUCUUCGAGCAGCAGGAGCAGUCGUGUAUGUCAAGACGACCAUGCCACAGACUGGAAUGGCGCUGGAGACAGCGUCCAACCUCUUCGGGCGGACCCUGAAUCCAUUCAACACUAGUCUAGUCAGUGGUGGUUCCUCCGGCGGCGAGGGAGCCUUGAACGGCUGCUUAGGCGCGCCUCUGGGCAUCGCGACUGAUAUCGGCGGCUCUAUCCGUGCACCAGCCGCAUUCAAUGGGCUCUACGGCAUCCGACCCACCUCCAGACGAUUCAGCUACAGAGGCAAUGCAAUGGGCUUUACGGGGCAAGCGGCAAUUCUAUCUUCGAUAGGCCCAGUCGGCAGGAGCCUGCGAGACAUCGAGCUGAUACUGAAAAUCUGGAACGCCUCUGAGCCUUGGCUGGUUGAUCCAGCUGUCAUGGCCAAGUUGUGGCAGCCUGUGUCGGUGCCCUCCAAGACCACGAUCGGCGUCAUGUACUGGGACGAGGUUGUAAUGCCUCAUCCACCGAUGCAAAGAACGCUUAAAGACGCGGUCGAGAAGCUCAAGCAGGCUGGACAUGAGGUGAUUGACUUCGAGCCCUACAAACACAAAGAGGCCUGGGACCUGGCGUUUAGGCAGUACUACCCCAAUGGCGGAAAGUUCGUGAAGGACGCUCUGACCAGGACUGGAGAGCCCACCAUUCCAGCUGUUGCAAAGUUCCUUGCCAGGGCCAAGGAGCUGGACUGCCAUGAGCAAAACAUGUGCAAUCAACAGCAGCGACAGUACCAAACGGAAUAUCUGGAGCAUUGGAACGCCACAGCGAGCAGAACCUCGACUGGCAAGCCCGUCGAUGCAAUCCUGACUCCGUCUUUUGCUUCAGCGUCGUACCCGCACGACCAUCUCCCGUGGUGGGGUUAUCUUUCGCAGUGGAAUCUCCUGGACUACCCGGCCAUCAUCUUGCCUGUCGGCAAAGUCGAGCCUAGCGAUGUUCCAGACACAUCGUACCAGCCGGCCAAUGACCUCGACCGCGAGAAUCACGAGCUCUACGAUCCGGAACUGUUUGCGGGAGCGCCUUUGUCGUUGCAGCUUGUUGGGAGAAGCAUGUUUGAGGAACAGUUGCUGGCUACGGCGAUGGCGGUGGAUCAAGCGAUAAAUAGACGAACCUGA